AUGUCCUCAGAGGGUCUGCAGGUGGAGAAGCUAAUGAGGAUUCAGGCCAGGACCUGGGCUGGAAUGGACAGGCUUAAGUGGUCAGAGCGCGCGGGCCAGAGUCCCCUGCGGGGCCCGACCAGCCGCGCCCGCUGGGCGCCCCCGUUCGGGCUGCUCGCCCAAGAUGGCGAUGGAGGGGCGGGCGAGCCGGCGGCAGCCCGGGCCCCCGCGCCGGCCCCCGCUCGGGCCGGGGCCCCCGAGGCCGCGCCCCCGCCCGCGGCGCCGCGCCUCCCCGGGCCACUGAAGACCGGCGCGCCCUCCCCCGGCAGCGGCGGCCGAGGCGCGGGGAGGAGGCGGCGGCGGCGGCGGCAGCCCGGGCCGGGCCCCAUGGCGCGGGGGUACGCUGGCCGCGGCGGCAGGCUCAUCGCGCUGACCUUCUGCCUGCUGGCCGCGCGCGGGGCAGAUCUGAGAAGCGUGGACGGGGUCAGCAAGGCCUCCUCCAACCCCCCACCUCAGUGCGAGACAUACCACUACGCCUUUAAGCAAGGUGUCGGGCCAGAGGGGGAGCAGCCGUUGCCCCGGAAGACGACCGUGUCGCUGAGCUGUGGAGCAGGGCCGCUGCAAGUGAUCCUGGGCCCGGAGCAAGCCACAGUGCUGGACUGCGGUCUGGGGGCGGCUACUGCAGGACCCCCCCCCAGCGUCACGUGGAGCAAGGAUGGAGGCAUCCUGCCCGAGCACGACCACCUUCGCCUGCUACCCAAUGGCUCCCUGUGGCUGUCCCGGCUGCCAGCUCCCGAAGGCACUGACCCUGGGGCUUCAGAGGUCAUUGAGGGCAGCUAUUCCUGCCUGGCCCACAGCCCCGUUGGAGUGGUGGCCAGCCAGGCUGCGGUGGUCAAGCUUGCCAGGGAGCAGCCGUUGCCCCGGAAGACGACCGUGUCGCUGAGCUGUGGAGCAGGGCCGCUGCAAGUGAUCCUGGGCCCGGAGCAAGCCACAGUGCUGGACUGCGGUCUGGGGGCGGCUACUGCAGGACCCCCCCCCAGCGUCACGUGGAGCAAGGAUGGAGGCAUCCUGCCCGAGCACGACCACCUUCGCCUGCUACCCAAUGGCUCCCUGUGGCUGUCCCGGCUGCCAGCUCCCGAAGGCACUGACCCUGGGGCUUCAGAGGUCAUUGAGGGCAGCUAUUCCUGCCUGGCCCACAGCCCCGUUGGAGUGGUGGCCAGCCAGGCUGCGGUGGUCAAGCUUGCCACACUUGCAGGCUUCUCCCUGCACCCGCAGUCUCAGACGGUGGAGGAGAAGGGGACCGCUCGGUUUCAGUGCCACAUCGAAGGGCUGCCAGCACCUGUCAUUACUUGGGAGAAGGACCAGGUGAUGGUGCCUGAGGAGCCUCGGCUCAUCACCCUUCCCAAUGGGGUUCUCCAGAUCCUGGACGUUCAGGAAGGUGAUGCAGGCUCCUACCGCUGCGUGGCCACCAACUCAGCAAACCAGCGCUUCAGCCAGGAGGCCCUCCUCCGCGUGGCCCACAGAGGGUCCCUGGCAUCCAUCGGGGGGCAGGACGUGGUCAUUAUGGCAGCCCCGGAGAACACCACCGUGGUGUCUGGCCAGAGCGUGGUGAUGGAGUGUGUGGCCUCUGCUGACCCCACCCCUUUCGUGUCCUGGGUCCGACAGGAUGGGAAGCCCAUCUCCACCGAUGUCAUCGUCCUGGGCCGCACCAACUUACUAAUCACCAGCGCGCAACCCCGGCACUCCGGCGUCUACGUCUGCCGAGCUAACAAGCCCCGCACGCGCGACUUCGCAACCGCAGCCGCAGAGCUCCGCGUGCUGGCCGCCCCUGUCAUCUCGCAGGCGCCGGAGGCGCUGUCACGGACGCGGGCGAGCACCGCGCGCUUCGUGUGCCGCGCGUCCGGGGAGCCGCGGCCCACGCUGCGCUGGCUGCACGACGGAGAGCCGCUGCGGCCCAACGGGCGCGUCAAGGUGCAGGGCGGCGGCGGCAGCCUGGUCAUCACGCAGAUCGGCCUGCAGGACGCCGGCUACUACCAGUGCGUGGCCGAGAAUGGCGCGGGCACGGCGUGCGCCGCCGCGCCUCUGGCAGUAGUGGUGCGCGAGGGGCUGCCCAGCGCCCCCACGCGGGUCACCGCCACGCCGCUGAGCAGCUCCGCCGUUCUGGUGGCCUGGGAGCGGCCCGAGCUGCACAGCGAGCAGAUCAUCGGCUUCUCCCUCCACUACCAGAAAGCACGGGGCAUGGACAAUGUGGAAUACCAGUUUGCAGUGAACAAUGACACCACUGAGCUACAGGUUCGGGACCUGGAACCUAACACAGACUAUGAGUUCUACGUGGUGGCCUACUCGCAGCUGGGGGCCAGCCGCACCUCCACCCCAGCACUGGUCCACACGCUGGACGAUGUCCCCAGUGCAGCGCCCCAGCUCUCCCUGUCCAGCCCCAAGCCCUCGGACGUCAGGGUGGUGUGGCUGCCCCUGCCCCCCAGCCUGAGCAAUGGGCAGGUGGUGAAGUACAAGAUAGAGUACGGUCUGGGAAAGGAAGAUCAGAUUUUCUCCACCGAGGUGCCAGGGAAUGAGACACAGUUUACACUGAACUCGCUUCAGCCCAACAAGGUGUAUCGAGUGCGGAUUUCGGCCGGCACAGGGACCGGCUAUGGGGCCCCCUCCCAGUGGAUGCAGCACAGGACGCCCAGUGUGCACAACCAGAGCCACGUCCCUUUUGCCCCUGCAGAGCUGAAGGUACGGGCAAGGAUGGAGUCCCUGGUCGUAUCAUGGCAGCCACCCCCUCACCCCGCUCAGAUCUCUGGCUACAAACUCUACUGGCGAGAGGUGGGGACAGAGGAGGAGGAGGCAGGUGGCGAGGGCCCUCCAGGGGGCCGUGGAGACCAGGCUUGGGAUGUGGGGCCUGUCCGGCUCAAGAAGAAAGUGAAGCAGUAUGAGCUGACCCAGCUAGUCCCUGGCCAGCUGUACGAGGUGAAGCUCGUGGCAUUCAACAAACACGAGGAUGGCUAUGCAGCAGUGUGGAAGGGCAAGACGGAAAAGGCUCCCGCCCCAGACCUGCCCAUCCAGAGAGGGCCACCCCUGCCCCCUGCCCAUGUCCAUGCAGAAUCAAACAGCUCCACAUCCAUUUGGCUUCGGUGGAAAAAACCAGACUUCACCACAGUCAAGAUUGUCAACUACACGGUGCGCUUCAGCCCCUGGGCUCAGGAAUAUGCCUCCCUCGUCACCUAUUACCCCAGCUCUGGAGAAGACAUCCUCAUUGGCGGGCUGAAGCCAUUCACCAAAUACGAGUUUGCGGUACAGUCCCACGGCGUGGACAUGGACGGGCCUUUUGGCUCUGUAGUGGAGCGCUCCACCCUGCCUGACCGGCCCUCCACGCCCCCAUCCGACCUGCGCCUGAGGCCCCUGACGCCAUCCACCGUUCGGCUGCACUGGUGCCCCCCCUCGGAGCCCAACGGCGAGAUCGUGGAGUAUCUGAUUCUCUACAGCAGCAACCGUACCCAGCCUGAGCACCAGUGGACCCUGCUCACCACCGAGGGAAACACCUCCAGUGCUGAGGUCCACGGCCUCGAGAGCGACACCAGGUACUUCUUCAAGAUGGGGGCGCGCACGGAGGUGGGGCCUGGGCCCUUCUCUGGCCUGCAGGAUGUGAUUACUCUCCAGGAAAAGCUGUCAGACUCUUUGGACAUGCACUCUGUCACGGGCAUCAUCGUGGGCGUCUGCCUGGGCCUCCUCUGCCUCCUGGCCUGCAUGUGCGCUGGCCUGCGCCGUGGCCCCCACCGGGAAGCCCUCCCGGGCCUGUCCUCCACCGCCACUGCUGGGAACCCCACGCUGUACUCCCGAGCCCGCCUUGCCCCCCCCAGCCCCCCGGCUGCCCAUGAACUGGAGUCCCUUGUGCACCCCCGUCCCCAGGAUUGGUCCCCACCGCCCUCAGACAUCGAGGACAGGGCUGAAGUGCACAGCCUUAUGGGUGGUGGCGGUCCUGACUGCCGGGCUCACUCCAAGAGAAAGAUCUCCUGGGCUCAGCACGGUGGGCUGAGCUGGGCAGGUUCCUGGGCAGGCUGUGAGCUGCCCCAGGCAGGCCCCAUGCCCUCUCUGACCCGGGCCCUGUUGCCCCCUGCUGGAACCGGGCAGACGCUGUUGCUGCAGGCUCUGGUGUAUGACGCCAUAAAGGGCAAUGGAAGGAAGAAGCCGCCCCCAGCCUGCAGGAACCAGGUGGAGGCCGAGGUCAUUGUCCACUCUGACUUUAGUGCAUCCAAAGGGAACCCUGACCUCCACCUCCAAGACCUGGAACCUGAGGAUCCGCUGCCUUCAGAGGCUGCUGACCUCACUUUGGGUGUUAUGAAUUUCAGGCAAGGGGCAGACUGGCUGGACAGGGAGCUGGGAGGGUGUGAGCAGGCAAGCCCUGGGCCAGACAGACUUACCUGCCUGCCAGAGGCAGCCAGUGCUUCUUGCCCCUACCCGGACCUCCAGCCCAGUGAGGCUCUGCAGGAGGCCCCAGGGAACAGCUGCCAGCCAAAGGCCCCCUGCCCUCCAGCAGCCAGCCCAGGCCUGCCCAGAGCCCCAGUCUCCUCCUCUGCUUAG